AAUGGAUCAAAACCUUUCAUGGGCAAAGGUCCGUUCCAUCCCAACUCAACUGGCUAAUGAGGAGGAUGACCAGAAGAGCAGCAGCACCUUUAAUAUAGAGAACUGCGGUGACUGCAAACUCAGCGAUGUGUCCAGCUGCAGUGAGUUGGACCUUGAGGAGAGCAAUAUCCCUGCCCUGAGGACCGACCCGGCUAUUGACCUGGGAGACGCCUUUGACCUCUUUGAGACUGAGGAUGAGGAGGAGACCAGCAGCAGCAGCAGCAGCAGCAGCACCAGUGGCGGCUCAUCUGGAUCUGUGGCCGCCUGCGCCCUGUCCUGCUCCUCCACCAACCUCUUUAAGUGCUGGGAAGACCCCCAGGUGGCCUCUUGCCGGAGGACGGACCGCCUCUUCAGCACCCCGACUGACCACGACUGGGUCAAUAUGAGCGUUCCAGCCCUCUACAGGACCGAGAGCGACCUCACCCUGGUCAGCUUGGAUGAGGAUGACGUCCACCUGUCCAACACUCACAGGGCAGGUGUUGAGCCGGUCGCCCCUGUGCUGGUCAGCAGCUCUGGGGGAGCGAGUGCGGCCGUAAGCGGUGGCGGCCUGUCCGAGGCCUGGGCGGAGCUGGAGCACGUGCUGGAGAGCAACAUGGCCAGCUUGCAGCAGGAGGUGACGGUUCACCUGGACGGGGUGCAGGACCAACUGACCGCCGAGCUGCAGCUCCGCAAGCGCCUCCGUGAGGAGGAGCGCUGGGCCGAACGCCACCGGCAGGGACGACGGCUGGAGGGCCUGCCCACGUGGCUGCGUCGCCUUGGCGACGUCCUCAAAGGCCUGGUGAAGACGAGGCCGAAGAGCGGCAGGUUCCAUCGACCCGAUAGCGCCGCAGCAACAGAAUCAGCAGCAUCAGCAGCGGGCGGCGAAGUCUCCGGGCACAAGGAGCUGUGCCACGUGGCACAGAGCGCCUGCCAUUCUCAGGUCGUCCUGGAGAGGACGCGCGCAAAGUACGCACAGAUCAAGGAGCGCCAGGCGACAGCACGGGAUGAGCUGAUUCUCGGACAGGUCCUGGAAGAGCUGGACGACCUGGAGAGAAUUUUCCGGAAACAGCAGGAGCUGAUGUUGCAGGAGGUGGAGAGCACCCUCAACAGGCUGCUCGGGACAGAGAAUUCUGAAGGGCCAGUGGAUCUGGAGGAGGAGAAGAGGAGCGAAGAGGACAUAAAGAUCAAACCCAAGAAGAAGGGUCUAAAGAGGUUCUUCAAGUGCCUUUGCUGCCUCAACUAGAUCACUGUACUACGGGCUGCGGGUUCAAGGCCGACUCCUCCAUACCUUGUUGAAGUGUCCCUAAAGUG